AUGCUCCGACCCCUUAUCGGCCCGACCUCCAGGUACUCUCCCGAGUGGGUAGUGGAUAGUCAGGGACGCCGGCGCCCGCCCGCCAAUGCGCAGGACGCGUUGCAGGGAGCAGCUCAGGAAUGGGAACGGCUCUUUCAUACCCCCUCCAUCCCAUGGCAGCACCCCGCGUUUCUCUGCUGGUCUGACAAACUCGGCAACCAACGAAAAGGCUUGAAUUUCGAGCACCUAGCCAACAUGCUGCACAUGGGCGGCGAGGAGACUGUACCUUCUGCAAUCCUGGAACCCGGGCCGUGGUGCAUCAUACAAUGGCAGCCACGCAGGGUGCAGUUCCCGUCUAACAACAGUGUUUCAUUUCCAGGCUGGGUUCUGUCGUGGAUGGGCGCAUCCCUUGGAUGGCUGGCCCGUCGCCCUGGACCGUGCUCGGGACCAGUACUGCAGGUACUCUGCUUCGGAAGGGCGCCAGCCAACGAAUGGACUAUGGACCACUUCUGCCACAUGGAUGACAUGAACGCGUCGUCCUAUGGCGUCGCUUUGCGUCCACACUCCUUCCCGGACCACUCCGCCUUAUGCCGCCUGGAACCAGACCAGCGUGAGAAAUGGAUUCAGAAGAUGCGUUGGUCGAGGCCUGGCCGGUCGGGUUUUAAAUUGGCCUACUUGCCACUCCUCCCCACCUGGUGUCAGGAACUCUUUUGGGAACUGACGGACAUACAACGCGAAACGGCAUUGAUUGCACCCAGCAACAAAAAGGCCAUCCAGAUCAAUCUCCCAAAAAGCUCUGGCGGAUUUCGGCCGCUCAGCAUGAUGGAAGAAGCGUUCAAAAUCAUUGAAGGCCCUGUCACGCAGCGCGUUGCGAACUCCAGGAGCCGCCUAGAGCUUGGAGCCAUGUACAGCAAAACAAACCUCGCCUAUGAGAAGAAACAAGCUGCCACCGCGGAAGUUCUAUACACUGAUUGCAUCUUGUGUGAGAUUGCGUGCCGAACUGGGGCACCGUUUGCCCGUGUUCCCUCUGACCACGAGAAAUAUUUCAAUUCCAUCCUGUACGCGGAGGUAGAUGCCAUGCAACUCGCUCGUGGUAUACCAGACAUGGUGCGCCGUUUCUACACUGAAGCUUUUCAAGGGAUUUCUGUAGCCGUAGACACUCGUUGGGGAUUCACCCGUGACGUGGCCUACCAGCGAGGGGUACCACAGGGAACAAUUUCCUCACCCGAGCUAUCCAAACCAGCACAGGAACCCAUCUUGCGUUUGCGAGAGAUGAGCCCAGCCAGAUUCGUCACGGAUCAAGGAAUCGAAGUGGCCGUCACUGCAUAUGCCGACGAUGCCGAGCAUUAUGUAGGAGGUAUUCGACAACUGCCACAACUUGUGGAUGAACUGGGUAAGGGUAGUCUGCUUGCCGCUGUAGGCUAUGCUUGGUCAAAAUUUUCGGCCUAUGCUUCGGACUGGGACUCGGUACUUGGUACAGAAUGGGCAGCACACCAUGGGAUCUCACAGGAUGGCAUACAGGUUACUGGAUACGACAUCUGGACGGGCGGUACGGAUCUACUCGACAAACUUGGACAACUGCGGCAGAGGUUGACCUUUAGGCACUGCGAUUGGGACGAGAUUGCCGCGGCCUUCCAGCUUAUCGGCCGAGGCUAUAUCUCUUACGCACCCCUGGUAGGCAUCCCUUCUCCGAAGAGCUUACACCUGCAAGAUGCUGACCUUCAACUCCUGAUUCUAAAGCGACUUCAGGUUCGAUGCUCAGUGGAGAGGGUCAGCCUUCUGGCACCCCGUGAAGUAGGUGGCUUGCAGCUGACAUCUUUGGUGGAGUCCAUGGUUUCGGCUGUCGCUUCCGAUCUGCUCUUGCUCCUAAAUGGCAUCACGCCCGCCUCGGAACUUGCCAGAGCGGAACUACGCAGGGCCAUGCAACUAGACCCGGACGUAGCUUCUACCCAUCAAGGUAUUGUUUGUAGGGCUAUGUCCUUUCUCGCAGGUUACGGUUUCUAUUUGACGGUAUCCACCGAACGACUCCUCUCUCGCCACUUGGACCACCUCAAGAAGCUUCACGGUUCAUCGCACGCCCAGCUCGCUGGUCCUGCAGAUGAGUGGUCCCACCAACAGGGGGCCCAGUACUGCAGAGUUGGCCGCUUCGCCAACUCCCUACGUCGUGCUUUGACAGGGCUGGGACUCUAUCCAAGCUUGGCAACAACAUCUGGAGCCCUUGUCGGCCUCUCGCCCGCUGAUUGCGCGGCGGCCAUGCGGCAAGCUGUCAAUGCUUCCAAUUCUGACUGGGAGGUGGAGUGUCGGUUAUUUCACAGGCCGCACCCCAAUGCUGCCGCGGACGAGGAUUGGGCGGAGGAAUCUUGGACCAAACCUUGGGUUUCUAGAGUGGACUCGCGCAGCGCAUUCCUAGACUCACAAGCAGAUUUGCCCUACGAUGAUCUAGACUUCGGUAUGUACAGUGAUGGGGGUAUGCUCAGCGCAGGCAGCUGCACUUUCAGCAGUCAGGCUCGCUCCUUCGGUGGGGCGGGAGACUACUGGGACUCUAGCCUCGCUUGCACUCCUCACCUAACUAGUCGUCUCCCUCUCAGGCUAGGGCACGAAACCGUGGGUGUCCACGAGGCCGAAAUGGCCGCCAUGCUCACUGCUCUCCGUUGGCGACGGUCAAACAGCUGGAAUCUUCUAGUCGUGGACCGCAGCUCACUAUGCGAUGCACUUCUGCAGACCAAUCUUCAGCGUCCCGCUGCACUACUCAACCUCGCAAGUCAGUUCCUCGUGGGCAGACUGCAUCGUAUCCUGGAGGAUUUGCGCUGCUCAUGGCCGGAGUUCGCAACCAAACCCUCCUGGAGACUCCAGCAAGAAGCCUUCCCUUCGAUUUGGAACUGCAAACACCAAGGCAAGUGGAUGUGCAGAACUACUCACUGUACAGCAGGACUAGUUGCUGUGGACAUCAAAUCGCACCAAGAACACAGCAGCAUCCCGCACCCUGUCAUAACCAGUGGAAAUGAACAGCAAGACCAAGGUUGCGGAUUAGCGCGCUGCCAGAUGCGCCCGCCAGAUGUUUGGUACCCCACUGGUGGUUUCUUUGCUUUUAUGGUUACGGAGGGCAAAGCCAUUGGGAGCACCAUACGUAAAGUCGUACGUGCACAACUUCGUACUCAAGCUUCUGCACAAUGGAAACAGCGCAAGGUUCAGGGACAUGUAGCCAACCAGGCGCUCGAAGUCUUCGGCCCUACACUGGACAUGAAGCUGUACACGCAGGUUCCGGUACCCUCGUCCUGGAAACAUUGGAUGCUCCCCACUGAUCAGAGCGAUGGCGUGGACUUGUCCAGAUUCCUCUACCGGUGUAUUCGCGCAGUGGGGGGCUCAUGGACCGAAAGCCUCAAAUCUGACACAGAACUGGCCCGGUUAGCGUUGCAUUGGGCAGAGGUUAACCAUCUUGACUCCAUGCGAACAUGCCCGUUGUGCUGUGUAAGUGCCGGCACUCCCCGCCACACGGUUAUGACAUGUGCUGGGAUGAGGCAUCUAACCAACCUACUGCGAACAGACAUGGAAGCGUUGUUGGGGCAACUGGCGGAACGAGAACAACUCUUGCAAGAUGCAUCGGUUUGGAGGCGGACUUGCCACCAACAGGGACGAGCCCACUUGAUCCCAGAGCCCUCCGUCCAGGACUCCAGCACGUGGCCUAUCCUUGCCGCGUGGCGCUGGUUGGUAAUUCUCCCGGGCCGUGAGGCCCAGCUGAGCCAAGAUGUAGGCGGUCACAGCUCAGCAGCGGUGGUUCAGGAACACGGAUGGGACUUGGGACACCGAGCUGUUUUACCAGUGGGUCUAGGCCAUUCCCUUUCUCGACUGCUCCCGGAACGGGUGCCAAACGACACUGAGGAAUUCGCGGUCUGGAGACACACUGACCAAACCACGCGUGAGGCUGAACUGCAGCUACGCCGACACGAUCGCAUCAGACCUGCUGUGAAGUGUGUAUCUCUCCUUCUCCUAGGCAUACGGCGAAUUCGAGUGGAAUACGCCCGCCGCAUCCACGCCUGGAAACAGGUGCAGUUGACCAUGGAGCAGUUGCGAAUCCCGGAGGCACUCCAAGCUCCGCCUGAUGUGGAAGAUGGCAGAAUGCCCUCCAUACUUGAUGCAUGGUUCGCGACACCGCGCGGCCUAACCACGGCCCGUGAGCUGCGCUGGUUGGUUCCAAGCCUUUCCGUCCUUGCCGCACGCAUUAAAGCAGAAGUACCAGCUUGUCGACUCUCAUCUCACAGCAUCAGGGUAUGCGCCGCCUCUCAUCGGGUCCCGAUCGCAGUGCGUGGUCAACCAAACUGGGUGGAUAAAUGGCCUUCCUUCCCAGACAUGCAAAUUUCGUUACGUUCCCCGUGCACCUGCCUUACUGCCCCGCCGGAAUCCAUCUCCUGCUGCUGGACUUGUGGAGGCGUACAACUUCCUCCCGCAGUUCCCCCUCGAACGUGCCCUUUUUGCCACCGCAACAAUGGCGGAAACCAACGUCGCAACUGCGGCUGCUGCAUUCACAUCAUGGGCCAGUGUACUUGGAACCGAGGGGCUAAUCGCUGUUACCAGGCAGGCGCGCUGGACGCGAUCAGCCUGUGUCCGGACUGUUGGGGGGUUUGGCGCGCGGCGCUUGAAGCAUUACCGAGACGCCCGGCCAGACCGCCUUUGCCGCCUGGCCAUCUCCUAACUCACUUGACGCAGUUGGGUCAACAACGACAUGCUGGUGCUGGCGCCAAUACCUUCUUUGCUCGGACGGGCGACCGGCAACGGGUUCAGAGGUGGUGCCUGAGGGCCCUUCCCCCCGACUGGACUGCCUUCCCCGUCCUCUUGCAACAAGCAGAAAGGAGCCUUGUUGCGGUGGACAACGUCGCUGAACUCUUACAGACUGCACUGCAUCACUGGCAUCGCCGCGGAGAAGCAGACACCCAGGUAGCAUCAGGAGUUCUACACUUCAGACGGCGCCCACCCGUGUGA